GAGGGACGAGGAAGUGCCUCGGCUCCGCCCGUUGUCCCGGAAGUGCCGGUGGACGAUGGCUCCCAGGCGGUAGUUAGCCGGCGCGGCGUCGGGUCGAAAGAAGCUGCGGCUUCCCGACUCUUCGCGGGAUGGCGGAGCGCGGCAUCGGCUCCUCGGAGCAUCUGGAGCGGCUGCACGAGAUUUUUCGCGGCCUGCAUGGGGAGCUGCAAAGCGCCCCGGAGAGGCUGCGCGGGAGCCUGGCGGUUGAGGAGAAAAAAAAGUUAAUCCGAGAAUUUGAUGAAAAACUAAAAGAAGCAAAUGAAACAUUACGGGAAAUGGAGGAAGAACUGAAAUAUGCCCCAGUGUCCUUCCGCAAUCAAAUGAUGGUCAAAAUUCGGACUUACAAAGGAGACCUUAGCACAUUCCAUAGGAAAAUGAAAAGUAUGGAUUUGGGAGUAGUUCCAAGUGCACGUGGGAAUUCAAAAUUUGGAAUCUUCUCUACAGAAAAUGAGCAGAGAACUCAGAUGCAAUCUCAGAGGGUAUUACUGCUUCAGGGUACAGAAAGCUUGAAUCGAGCCACUCAGAGCAUAGAACGUUCACAGCAAAUUGCUGCAGAAACUGAUCAAAUUGGUAGUGACAUCAUUGAAGAACUUGGAGAGCAACGUGAACAGCUGGAACGCACCAAAGGCAGAUUAGUAAACACAAGUGAAAAUUUAAGCAGAAGUCGGAAGAUCCUACGUUCCAUGUCAAGAAGACUUAUGACAAAUAAAUUGUUACUUUCUGUCAUCAUCAUCCUGGAGGUAGCCAUCCUGGGAGGUGUUGUCUACUACAAGUUCUUCACUUAAGUGUUCAAGAGAUGUGGCUUUUCUGCCUUCCUAUCUUCCAUCCACUGUAUGGACAUUCCUGGGCAAUAGCUGUUUGACAUAGAUUGAAAAGGUGGAUUGUAUUUACUACAUUUAAAAGAUAGUGCUGGCUUGUUAUCAGUCUUGACAUGUUCCUCUGAGAAUAGUGAAGAAAAGACAAACCAUGAACUACAUCUGCAAAAUAAUACAAUCUCCGUUUAGGCUGAACAUAUUAACUUGUAACACAGCAGUUUGACCUCCCAACUGAAAAAAAUGAGCAUCUCCAGAGCUGAGUGAUGACUUCAGAAUGUAGUACAUUUGGUUUCUCUUCUGUCCACUUGUAUAGUAGAUCAGCAGAACUAUACAUAAUGCCCUUUGUGCGGCAUCUGCUGCCACUUGGGAGAUCUUAAAGCCGUACUUGCUCUUCACUGUCUGAUUCAUCUGGCGAACUAGGUGUUGGUAGAUUCUCAAAAA